AGACACUUUUUAUUUAUUUAUUUUAUAUUUCACCUCGAUUGAAUAAAACUCAUAUCAUGUGUCUCAUUCUUCUCUGGUUUUAGGCAAAAUCGUUUGGGAUUAUUCAUUUUCUGUGUGUAAAUACUUCAACUUUUCCAAUUCUCACCGUCGUCCGGUUAUUCGGUACAUCUCUCUCCAGCGAUUCUUUCAAUUAUUUUUCACCCUUUGGUUUUUAGUUUCCCCCCAAAGAAAGCUGUAAUUUUGGCAUUCAUCAGAAGUAUAGUGUGGCAUUUCUCUUCCCAGUUGAAUGCAUGUCUUUCUAGUUAUGCAGUUGUGAUUUUUUAACUUAAAUGUUGGUACUUUGUCCGUCCGAGUUGAAAGGCUGUUCCUUUUCGUUCUCAUUCAGUUCAACGUGAAUUUAAUUCGAUGGAUUCAAUGAAAUUUGAAGCUGAGACAUUUAAAUCCUCAGAUUUUACAUUUUGCAUAAUACAUAAUUCUAGAUCAUUUUAGGUUUUUCCCAAGCCACACCUUGCUUUCAGGAGGCUUAAUAGCACAGGCAUUUCAAGAGUACAUUGCAAAAUUGUUUCUGCAUGGUUCUUACAAUGUUACAAUUCACUUUACCAGUUAUAUAUUAGAACAUCGGGGUAUUAGGGAUGACAUUGAAGUGAAUAUUUAAGAUUUAUCGGAGGAGUUUAUUUAUUUGAUUGAUUUCUUGUUUUAUUUAUGAACCUUGAAAAUAACAUGUUGACAAGUGAAAAUAUUUAUUUUCUUGUUGGGGUUGUUUGGUGGGCAACAGUAGUCAAUUUUUUUUCUUUUUCAAAGAUGCACUAGUAGAAGAGGGAAGUACCGCAUUCCCUUUUCCUCUAAAGUUGAAGCAAAGAGUAGUCUGUCAUAAAAGCGGCAACCUUUCCUUCAAUGGGUGCUCCUAAGCAGAAAUGGACUGCAGAAGAAGAAGCUGCUUUGAAAGCUGGAGUAGUCAAACAUGGGGCAGGAAAAUGGCGCACCAUACUUACAGAUCCUGAAUUUAGUGCUAUUUUGCGCAUGCGUUCAAACGUAGAUCUUAAGGAUAAAUGGAGGAAUAUAAAUGUCACAGCAAUAUGGGGAUCCCGGCAGAAGGCAAAACUUGCUCUUAAGAGGAGCCUACCUGCCCCCAAAAUUGACAAUAACCAUAUGGCUUUAAGUACUGUCGUUCAUCAUGAUGAAGUUCUUGAUACUAAGCCUUUAGCAGUUUCUGGUGGACCAUUGCAAUCUCCUAGUUUUAAAGAACAAAUAUCAAGGUUACAGAAUAUUCAGUUGGUGGAUAAUCAUAUAUUGGAGGCCAUUGUCAACAUGAAGGAGCAAAAGGGUUCUGACAAAGGUGCCAUUAUUUCUUACAUGGAGGAAAAGUAUCGGUGUCCACCAAAUAUCAGUAAAUUACUGUCAACCAAACUGAAGCAUAUGGUAGCAAGUGGCAAAAUAAUCAAGGAGAAGCAUAAAUACAGGAUAGCAUCAAGUUCAGUUGUCUCUGAGAAAAGAAGGUCCACGUCAUUGGAAGGAAGGUCCAAAGAUCCUUCAGAAGCAAAUAAGAAUGUUGAUGUCAACAUCCUUUCAAAAUCCCAAAUUGAUGAAGAGAUAUCAAAAGUGAAGGGCUUGACAGCUCAAGAGGCAGCUGCUGCAGCUGCAAAAGCCGUGGCAGAGGCAGAGGCUGCAAUUGCACAGGCUGAGGCAGCAGCUAGGGAGGCAGAGGCUGCAGAAGCUGAAGCUGAGGCUGCCCAAGUGUUUGCAAAAGCAGCAAUGAAGGCGCUAAAAUGCAAAAUGCUUCAUAUUUGGUUACUUAAUUAGAGGCUGAUCUGUAUGUGGUCAGACUUUCUUCAGUGGAUGGUUUGGACACGUGAUCAAUUAUUAGCAGAGUUGACUUAAGAUUAUUGUUUUUCUGCUGCCCUUCCUCCCUGUUUUCCGUAACUGUACAUACUUUUCGGCUUGUAAAUCUGGAAUAGUGCAGGAUGAUUCACGAAACAUUGUCAGGAGUCAAUAAUAGCCUUUUUUUCCUUUCCUUUUUCUUAUUUUUAAAGGAAGACAAAGCAGCAACGGAAGAGUGGAAAUGACCAUGUUUUUCUGUAGUAGAAUGAUUGACAUCCACGUAGAGUAAAUGAAGAAAGUGUUUCAAAAGCAAUAUGGAUUGUCAUUUAUAGGCAGAUCAUAUAUUCAGUUCAAGGAUGCUUGUUUUAAGACAUUGCUAUGUUACUCUUGCUACGUAAUAUAUUGCCUUCCUUGUUCUAAA